AUAACAAACUCUCGCCAACUAACACUCUCUCUCGCUCUUACGUCAUCAACCGUACGUCUUUUUCCAUUUAUAACCUAAUUCUUUAUGUAAUUAUCCGCCAUUGACUGCUGUUUCAAGCUCUAAAUUGCACUCACAUCUCUCACGAUUAAUCAGGUGUUUGAUAUUACAGCCUAUUGAGAUUUAAUUUUACGAUCACUUAGCAAACAAAACCGAGAAAGCGAGAGGAAAUAUGAAGUUUUCAUGUAGUUUCCAGAUUCGUGGUUUUCCAGGUACUAGUUGCGGAAUAUUUGACCAGCAGAACUUGCAGUCAACUUUUGGUUAUAAUUUCGCGGGCAAUCAAAGGUUUGUGUCAAAUGUUGGCUCGAAAAAGAAAUUAAUUGCUUCUAGUAAUCAUGGUUAUAAUUCAAGUAGAACCAAUAAAAUUUUUACUAGAAUUCAUACACUUAAGACAUCAAGGGGGAAUCUUAAAACAAAUUGUCAGGGAAAUGAGUCAAUCACUUUAAUAAAUGAGAACGGAAAGGAUGUAGAAUCUAUUGAGAGUAUAAAUGUCGACGAUUCAAAAGAAGAAAGUAAGAGUGAUUCAAGAGAUAAGGGAGAAGAAGCAGAAGUGAUGGGUCCCACUUUGGAUGAAUUAAAGGAGUUGUUACGAAAAGCGCGUAAAGAGUUGGAGAUAGCGCAACUUAAUAGUACAAUGUUUGAGGAUAAAGCUCAGAAGAUAUCAGAAGCAGCAAUAGCACUAAAAGACGAAGCGUUGAACGCAUGGGAUGAUGUCAACUUGGCGUUAAUUGCUAUUGAAGAUAUCGUGAAAGAAGAAGACCCCACGAAAGAAGCUAUUCAGAGAGCCAAAAUGGCACUUUCGUUAGCUGAAGCUACGCAUCAGGUGGCUCUUGAAUCGUUAGAAGUUGCAAAAGAGAAAAACGAAAAUGAAAAUGAAAAUGAAAAUUUGAAUUUGAUGAAAGAAGAGGAAACGCUUUUAGCUGCUCAGAAGGAUAUGAAGGAGUGCAGGGAGAAUUUGGAAAAUUGUGAGAAAGCGUUGAUUCGGUUACAAACAAGAAAAGACGAGUUACAACGAGAAGUUGUUAUACUGAAUGAACUUGCAGAGAAAGCACAAACAGAUGCAUUAAAAGCGGAAGAAGAUGUGGCUAAUAUAAUGCUUUUAGCAGAAGAAGCCGUUGCUCUGGAACUUGAGGCUACGAAACGUGUUAACGAUGCUGAAGUUGCAUUAAAGAAAGCUGAAAAGGUUCUUGCCGUUUCUCUCGCGGAUACAUCUGAAGGUACAAUUUCAGAUGCGGAGACACAUGAUGACGAAAACGCCCUUGCAGGGAAUUCAGUUGAAAUCGUUGCUAGCAAUGACAGUGAUGCAACAGUUGAAGAUGCUACGAGUGUCCCCAUACAAGAUACGGAGUUAACUUUCGUAGACCAAAUGUCGGAAGAUUAUAGAUUUUCUGACGAUAGUGACAAAGAGAAUGAACAAAUAACCAAAGACACAGAAAAUGAUGCCGAAAAGACAAAGAACGUGGUUCAAACAAAAAAACAAGAAACACAGAAGGAUUUCACAAAGGACAGCUCACCGCCACCAAAAGCAUUAUUGAAAAAAUCGUCUCGUUUUUUUCCUGCAUCGUUUUUCUCCUUGGAGGGAGACGGUACUGAGUUUACACCAGCAGCAAUUUUUCAGGAGCUUCGCGAAUCUAUAAGACAGCAUUUACCCAAAUUGUUAGUUGGGUCUUUGCUUGUUGGUGCAAGCUUUGCUUUCUAUGCUAAACAAGAACGGAUCGGUAAAAUACUUCAGCCUCCAAAUGUUAUCACCACCGAUGUCGAUGAAGUUUCUUCAAAUGCUAGGCCUUUGGUCAAACAGAUAAAAAAAUUACCUAAAAAAAUUAAAAAGAUAAUUGAGAUGCUUCCACACCAAGAGAUUAAUGAGGAAGAAGCUUCUCUUUUUGAUGUGUUGUGGUUGUUACUUGGCAGUGUAAUAUUUGUGCCGAUAUUUCAGAAACUUCCUGGAGGAAGCCCUGUUCUUGGGUAUCUGACAGCUGGCAUCUUGAUUGGGCCUUAUGGUCUCUCAAUUAUACGUAACGUUCAUGCGACAAAAGCAAUAGCAGAAUUCGGGGUUGUUUUCCUGCUUUUUAAUAUCGGCCUUGAGCUUUCUGUUGAAAGGCUGAGUUCCAUGAAGAAAUACGUUUUUGGAUUGGGUUCUGCUCAGGUGUUGGCGACAGCUGUUGUGGUGGGAUUAGUUGCUCAUAUUGUAUGCGGACUGCCAGGACCUGCUGCAAUUGUCAUCGGUAAUGGUUUGGCAUUAUCUUCUACAGCAGUUGUCCUGCAGGUAUUGCAGGAGCGAGGUGAGAGCACAUCACGUCAUGGACGAGCCACAUUUUCCGUUUUACUCUUCCAGGAUUUAGCCGUUGUUGUUUUGCUGAUUCUCAUACCUCUUAUUUCACCAAAUUCAUCCAAAGGAGGGAUUGGUUUCUAUGCAAUUGCUGAAGCUCUUGGAUUGGCUGCUGUAAAGGCACUUGUUGCUAUCAGUGCCAUUAUUGCUGGGGGACGGUUGCUUCUUCGCCCAAUUUACAAGCAAAUUGCCGAGAUGCAAAAUGCAGAAAUAUUUUCCGCAAACACGCUUCUGGUUAUUCUGGGUACUAGUCUACUUACUGCCCGUGCUGGCCUUUCAAUGGCUCUUGGAGCUUUUCUUGCUGGUUUGCUACUUGCAGAAACUGAAUUCUCUUUGCAAGUCGAAUCAGAUAUCGCUCCGUAUCGUGGCCUUCUAUUAGGGCUCUUCUUCAUGACGGUUGGAAUGUCAAUCGAUCCAAAACUUUUUGUCUCGAACUUUCCUGUUGUUAUGGGAUCAUUAGGGCUUCUAAUUGCUGGGAAAACCGUAAUGGUAGCUGUAGUUGGCAGACUUUUUGGUGUUUCGUUAAUAUCCGCUAUUAGAGUUGGUCUUUUACUUGCACCUGGUGGAGAAUUCGCCUUUGUUGCAUUUGGUGAAGCGGUCAAUCAGGGCAUAAUGACUCCUCAGUUAUCUUCUUUGUUGUUUCUUGUGGUGGGGAUUUCAAUGGCCCUUACACCAUGGUUAGCUGCUGGUGGCCAGUUAAUCGCAUCUCGUUUUGAGCUGCAAGAUGUUCGUAGUUUAUUACCUGAUGAGAAUGAGACAGAUGAUUUACAAGGUCAUAUCAUUAUAUGCGGGUUCGGACGUGUUGGACAGAUCAUCGCGCAGCUUCUUUCUGAAAGACUGAUUCCAUUCGUUGCUCUUGAUGUGAGGAGUGAUCGAGUAUCAAUGGGACGCGCGCUUGACCUUCCUGUAUAUUUUGGAGAUGCUGGCAGUCGAGAGGUGUUGCAUAAAAUUGGUGCUCAUAGAGCCUGUGCUGCAGCAAUAACUUUAGAUUCACCUGGUGCAAAUUAUAGAACCGUUUGGGCUCUCAGUAAGUAUUUCCCUAAUGUCAAGACGUUCGUGCGCGCUCAUGAUGUUGAUCAUGGACUUAACUUGGAGAAGGCUGGGGCUACGGCGGUUGUGCCAGAGACCUUAGAACCAAGUCUACAGUUAGCAUCUGCCGUUCUUGCACAAGCUAAAUUGCCGAUGUCAGAGAUUGCAGCCGCUAUCAACGAGUUCAGAUCCCGCCACCUGUCAGAGCUUACUGAGUUGUCGGAAAUAAGCGGGAGUUCUCUUGGUUACGGCUUCUCACGGAUUAUGUCAAAACCUAAAUCUUCUUCAGAUUCUUCGUCUGAAGAUAACCAAAUCAGUGAAGGGACACUCGCGAUAUAAACCAUAGCCAUAAAAAACCAAAUAGAAAAAAAGAGGACCACAUGUAUAAAACGGAUUGGGCACAAUGUGCAGAUGCGCCUUGUUGCACAAUCAACAUUUUUUAACCAUCUAAUAGCAUUGCAAUUUGCUACCAAUAAUCCAAA